UUGCUACAGUGCAGGUGUGCCUGUGUUCCAGGGUAUGGCUGACUUCAGUAAGAGCACAGCACGCAGUGGGAGUCGAGGUCGGCCCGCCAAACAGUCAGAAGAGACAGCCAAAAAAACAGCUGCCACAGGCAACAAGCAUGGUGGUGCAGCUGUUGAGAAGAUAGAAGGCAAGAAAAAAGGACGCCCCAGAGCUGACAAUCAGGAGCUUAGGAACAUACCUGCAAGCAUGGUGGCUCAGUGGAAAGAAGAGUUUAAGAAUCGCUCUCGAGUAAAAUGCCCCAGCUCUGGGUGCUGGCUAGAAUUCCCAAGUAUCUGUGGAGUAAAGUACCAUUAUCAGCGCUGCCAGGGGGCUACAAUAUCAGAGAAACUGAACCACCAGUGUCCUUAUUGUGAAGCUGCAUUUGCAUCUAAAACCCGUGUGGAGAAGCACAAGACAUGGAAUCAUGCUGAUAGAGUCUCACAAGAACCGACAGCUGGCAAUGAAGCAGACAAUGAAGUGCAGACAACGCCAGUCAAGGGGAGUGCUAAGAAACGAGCCGCAGAAAGUUCUGACGCUUCCCCAAUCAGAAGCAAAGUGAAGAAGACGCGGGAGGUGUUCCAGCACUCUCAGAACGGAGAGUAUGUCCCACAGAAAGCAGGCAGGAAACACCAGCAGGGGGCGGACUCCAAGGCUUCUCCCACGACUCCGGGAGGCAGCGAGGGUGAGGGGGGAAGCUUCCCUGAGGAGGACCCAGAACGAACAAGGCACAGAAGGAAACAGAGAACCCCGAAGAAGUUCACUGGGGAACAGCCUUCCAUUUCAGGAACGUUCGGCAUGAAAGGUUUGAGCAAAUCAGAAGAGAAGAUAAAGUCUGGGCAAGGAAAGAAGGUUGUAGGAAACGCUUGUAAUAAACAGCCAAAGAGGAAAGCACAGGGCAUGAACCUUCGCAAGGACCCUGCCUCUUAUUCCCCAGGGAGCCCGGAGGAGAGGUGGCAGCAGGUUAUCGCAGAGAAGGGAGAGGUUGUCUGUCCGACUUGUUCUCUCAUCUCCAGGAAAACUGUCCCUGGUCUCAAGAAACACAUGGAGAUCUGCCUGAAGCUGCAGGAUGCCUUGAAGUGUCAAGACUGUGAAAAGCAGUUCAAGUCCAAAGCGGGCUUGAAUUACCACACCAUGGCAGAACACAUUAACAAGCCCAGUGCACAUAAAGACAGCUUUGCAGACGAACAGGAAGAACGGGACAGACUACGGAAGGUUCUCAAACAAAUGGGCAAGCUGAAAUGUCCUAAUGAGGGCUGCUCAGCCACUUUUUCCAGUCUAAUGGGCUACCAGUACCACCAGAAGCGCUGUGGAAAAGACCCUUCCGACAUAGAGAAGCCUGUCUUUAUCUGUAAACACUGCAGGAAAAACUACAAAUCCAAGGCUGGCCACGACUACCAUAUCCGAUCCGAGCACAGCACUAGUCUGAAGCAGUCAGAGCAGGCUGCUGCAAGGGAGGAGGAGGAGGAGGAGGUAGAGGACUUCGAGAGGACCCCCAGUGGCAGAGUGCGCCGUAGGUCUGCCCAGGUCGCUGUCUUCCAUCUGCAGGAGAUCGCAGAGGAUGAGCUGGCCAAGGAGUGGAACAAGCGCAAGAUGAAGGACGACCUGGUCCCUGACAUCAAUAGACUUAACUACACUCGCCCUGGGCUUCCAAAAUUUAACCCCAAAAUGCUGGAUAACUGGAAGAGAGAAGUCAAGGAGAAAGGGUUCAUCUUCUGUGCGAAUAAUCGCUGUGAAGCAGUCUACUCCAGUGUUUCAGGUCUAAAAGCCCAUUUGGCCAACUGUAACAUGGGAGGCGGCUCUGUUGGGAAGUACAGGUGUCUGCUGUGCCAGAAGGAGUUCAGCUCUGAGAGUGGAGUUAAAUACCACAUCGGCAAGACCCAUUCGGUGAACUGGUUCCGGACUUCAAACCCGGUCUCUCCAAAUGGCAAAAGGAAAGAACUCAACAAUGUAAAGAAAGACAGAAAGAACAGCACAGCCGGAAAGAAGAGGGGCAGGAAGCCUAAAGUAAGGCCCCCGGAGCCACCGCAAAAAGACACGGAAAAGGCUGAAUCAGAGACUAGCUCCACAAAUGCAACAGAUACCGCGGCUUCAGCUGCAAACAAAAUCACCGGAGACCAGAGAAAAGACACAGAACCACCUGCGAAGAAAAGGGGGCGAGCCAAGAAAGGGCCCAAUAAACCUUAACAAAGAAAGAACAAUUUCAUAGGGCUUUGGCUGGGAUUUUGAAGAAAAAUGUGUAAAAAAAAAAGAAAACAAAAAAUCAG